UCAGUCACCAUCAUGAUUAGGAAGAAAGAGUUCUUGGUGGAUGACAGUAAUGAAGAGCUUAAUAGAAGGAAAAUGAAAGCUCUAAGGCAGUGUCUUAAGAUACUGGAAGAGGAUUUUACAGAACCAAAUCAGAGAAACAGUGAUUUCUGUCAUGUGUCAAAAGCUGUGAGUGUGAAAGCAUUGCAUGAUGAUGUGAAGGUUGAAGACACUGAUUUGUUUGGUUUCUCUCCUACAGCAACCAAAACUGAUUUUAAGCUUGGGCUGUGCCAUGACAACUCACAAAGGCUAGCGAGGCCCUUCAGUCAAAAUACUGAAAAGAAAAAUGGUCAGCACCCAGUUUCUUCAAGUGGUGGGCUGAAGGAUAAACCAGCUCUAGCUCCGUCAGCAGACAUGGGCAGUAACACUGUGGAAGAUAUUGACGAAGCUUUGUGCAUAGCUAUUUCUAAUCUCAGCCACUUACAUGAUGCAGACGAGAUGCUGAAAUACUUGGAAUCAAUAGUGAAGCAGGAAGGAGACAGAGUUGCAGAAACUGCAGAUAGGACAUUUGAUGAACUUGUUACUUCUCUCCUGUCAAGGAAAAGGAAUUUGUGUGCAGAAUUAGUGGAGAGUAUCAACAACUAUAGUGCUGGUAUUGCAAAAGCUAAGGAAGUCAUUGAAGAGAAGAGAAAGUGCUUGAUUGGUGCCAUUAGGAUUGCAAAGGAAUUAAAAAUUACACCCUCUGUAAGAACCUAUUGUGAUCUCGCUCAGGUUAUUUAUGAUUUAAAGUUGCCAGUUGAGACUGAGCUCUCAAGAGUGAAUAGUCUGAAGGAAAAAAUAUCUCCAAGGCUCUUCAUAAACACUGAUGAGAUUACAUCUUUGUUAAAAAAUUUGGGCAAGAUUGAAUGGGGAGCAACAGGGCAUGAAGAUAAUGGACAACAUACUGUUAUCCUCAAUGACAAAGAAGAAAUCCCUGAUGUCAUAAUAGAAGAAAUAUUUGAAGAUGUCUUGGAAAGUUCGACAGAACUAGUGUUUGUAAGCCAUGUUAUAAAUCCAUGCCACUUCUAUAUUCGGAGGUACUCACAGAAGAAAGAAGCAGGGGUUUUGGAGAAGAAAUUAGAAAAUUUUUGUUGUAAUACGAGUUCAUAUCUCUUGCCUUCAGAUGUUUUGGAACUGGGCGGUAGAACUUUUAUUAAGAGUAAGGAAACUGGAAUGUGGUGCCGUGGAACUAUCACUGAACUAAUUCCCUUAAAAAGUAAAAAUGAGAGGAAGCCUUGUGAUCCAAUAAGAUACAAAGCUGGUGAUAUUGCACUGUUGGAAGUGUUCCUGAUCGAUUUUGGGAGCUCUAUAGUUCUCAUUUUCCCAGGAGAUGCUGCUGCUGAAAGGCCUGAACUUGCUACUCUGCAGACCAUUGAAACAGAUGACAUUUGUUUGUUCAUGAGGAAGCCCAAUCAGCAUAUUGAGGCAGAACUUGAAGCCGUUCCUCCUUUAGCAGUACGGUGUUCACUGAAGGAUGUUGUUCCCACAAAUGCAAGUGAAGGUUGGGAAGAGGAAGCAACGACAAAAUUUUUAGAAAUGGUAAACAAUAAAGUUGUUUUAAUGACCAUAUUUAGAGAAGAGGAUGGUGUUCUCAUUGUGGAUUUGAAAAAACCUCCAUUUAAUAAAAUAAACAGUAAUAUGCCAGUGUCUCUCAAGGAUGCAUUAGUGUUUUUAGACUUGGCAAGGUUUAGAUCACAGCCUCCCAGUCAGUUAGAAAAUAAUACCAUCUUGCAGUAUAGUCCACCUAAGAUUCCACAAGAAAGAGAAGAAGUCUCUGUUACAGUUUGUCACAUUAAUAGUCCAAGUGAUUUCUAUCUCCAGUUGAGAGAGAGCCUGGAUUCUUUAGCUCUUCCAAAGAAAAUUCAGGAGGUAUAUAAACAUAAGUAUGGGAAAAACUUGGAAAUUGUCCGUCCAGUUGAAGGCCAAGCCUGUAUUGCAAAACAGAAGGAUGGGAAUUGGUACAGAGCACAGAUUAUAGGGCUGCCAAGUCGUCAAGAAGUUAAGGUAAAAUAUGUUGACUUUGGCAACAUUGCGAACUUAACUCUUAAAGACAUACGCAGAGUGAAAAAGGAAUUUCUGAGCUUCCCAGAAAAGGCAAUUAGGUGCAGGCUGGCUUACAUUGAGCCUUAUAAAGGGGCAAAUGAAUGGACUAGAGAAGCCAAGGAAAGAUUUCAACAAAUAACUGAAGAUAAACUUAUGCUGUGUUCAGUUGUUGAAAUUUUAGAUAACAACAUCUUAUCUGUUGAACUCUUUGACUCCUCUGCUAUUCAUGGAAGACGCUUUAGUAUUAAUUGUCAACUAAUUGUAGAAGACCUAGCAUCCUACAUACCUCGGUACACUGAAAGUACUGCUGUAAAGCCCAAUGAAAUAUGGGAUGUUCUAGAAGAAAUUCCUGAAGCCUCGGAAGCUUUAAAUCCUACGGUCAUGGAACCUGUGAAUGAAGGAGAAUUCAAAUCGCUUUAUAAGAAUGAACUACAAGGGAAAAUAAGUCAUGUUGUGUCUCCUAGUAAAAUUUUUGUACGGUGGCUGUCAUCAGAAACUGUACUGAAGAGUUUACAGGAGAAGAUGGCUGCCAUCUACAGAGAAUCCCAGCCACAGUCCAUAAAAUGGGAAAGUAGUAUGCACUGUGCUGUUUAUGUACAUGAUUUGAAACAGUGGCAAAGAGGUCAAAUAACCAGGAUUGUCUCUGAAACAAGUGCAGAGGUAAUACUCUAUGAUUUUGGAGCUGAAAAAACAGUGGAUAUCAGCUGUCUAAGAAAACUUGAGGAAAAUAUGAAGAAAAUUGGGACAUUAGCAACAGAAUGUUCCUUGGUAGAUAUAAGACCAACAGGUGGAAGCACACAGUGGGCAGCAACAGUGUGUGAAUGUUUAUCCUAUUACCUAACUGGUUCACAAGUGAAAAUAACCAUACAG